UCCUGUCUGCUUUUUGUGUCGAAUUAGCAUGUGUCUUAAAAGAAAUAUGGAUAAAAUCAACACAAAUAACCGUUUUUACUUGUGUUGGGGGAGUUUUCUUUCCAUUUGUAAGAAAGCUGGCCGCUCGUCAUUAAUAAUUAUUGUCUUGAUCCAUUUAUUGAUCAGUUUGAAGUAUCUUUUGUUUUCAGUCUUGGACUCGUUCACCGAUUGCUUGUCUUCACUCACCUUAUUCAAUGAUACAAAUUACCUAAAUUUUUGA